AAGUAUUUGACCAAGUUUGGUUAUGUAUCAACAAGCAAUGUACAACUCGCGGCCGUGCCACCAGGAAGUGUGGGUCUUGACCGGGACGUGGGAUAUUCGACGAUGAAAGACGCGCUGAUAAAAUUCCAAGAAUUCGCUGGAUUACGACAAACCGGUGAGUUGGACGAUGAGACGAGAGAGAAGAUGGCUCAGCCUCGGUGCGGUGUUCCUGAUGUAGCGGCUAUCUCUUGGGGACGAGCACGAGGACGAGGUGGCGUGCUCGCUCAUGCUACAAUGCCACCGAACGGAAUGCUGCAUUUCGACGAAGAUGAAAAUUGGGUGUUGAUGGAUGCGGACAGAAUAUCGCGAUAUGGCUAUACGGAUCUGUUGAGUGUUGCAAUCCACGAGUCUGGACAUACCCUUGGAUUGGAUCAUUCGAGGGAUGAAAACGCGAUCAUGGCACCGUUCUACCAAGAAACUGUUGACGCUUACGGCCGCUAUAAAAUGCCUCGAUUGACCACUGAUGAUAUCACGAAGAUUCAAGAGAUUUACGGUCCAAGAAUUGGCUCACCUCCUGCACUGAAACCUGAUGGCACUUUCGUGCCGACAAGUCAACCAACCAGACCGCCGUCGUUCGAUGGUUCAAGAGGAUCCUCGAGUCACGGUGACGGAGGAUUUUUUGAUCGCAUCAAGAGUUUCUUCGGAUUCGGUUACGAUGAAGUGACUUCAGGGAGUGCUGGAGGACAGCCAGAAGAUUCCGGGUGGCGUUCGAGCGACUCUGAUGUGCUGAUCUUGGAUACAGAUGAUGCUGAUGAAAGCAGUGACGAGCCAUCGUGUCCACAAGAUGUGGAUGGCAUCACGACCGGUGAGAGUCUCCAAGCGAACCCCUUCUUCGACACUCGCUCAUCGAUAUUAAAAGUUGCAGUUGAUGGUGCCGAAUACCUGUUCAGUGGCAGCAAAGUGUACAAGAUCUCGAAAGAUCAUGUCGUCAAGGUCUACUCUCUGAAGCAACUCUUCCCCAAGAGUCCUCCCUAUGUUCAAGCAGCACUAACCGUACCUAAAACUCAUACAACUCUUUUAUUCCAACAUGGCCAGGUUUACGCGUACACUCAUUCAAAAGGUGGAUUCACUUUAGAGCAGCACUACCCAAAACGAUUACCGGCAACGUUAGACUUCAGUCCGAUGGGUGCGUUUGUUUGGGCUGAUGGACGUCAAGUCCUCGUCAAUGCUCAUGACUUUGCUGUUUACGAUGAAUAUUGGAAUAAGGCGACAUUUCAGGACAAAAUCUACAAAUAUUUCGAAAAUUUUCCCAACCAACCACUUCGCGGUGCAAUAGUGGAUGGUAAUGAGAUAACAAUAUUCACAAACAGCCACGUUUACAAAUAUGACGUUCAACAGAGACGACCAGUGGGCAAACCAGUCCCUCUGCGGGCCUAUUUGAAUUGUCAAUGAGUGCUUGAAUAUCUCACGACGCAACGAUCGGCACAAGCAAAUCUCAGAAUAAUCUCUCGAAUACUAUUACCUAAUUCACUCACACUGAUUCCAAUACUGCAAUCCGUAUGCUUAUGUAAAAAAGUAAUAUGUAAACGCAAUCGGCACUGUAUGAU